GCGGGAGGUUGCGCGUGACUCAUCUUGUCAUCAGCUCGUCACGGCGGACAGUGCGUGACAGAACACAACAGAAGUUUGUUUCUUCUUAUAAAGACGCAAAUAACAGAAGAAAGUCUUGGUGUGUGGAAAGGGAUUACAGUCAGCUUAAUUAAAAAAGACAAAAUUUCAUGUUGCUGAAAUAUUUUGUCGUGUAGAUGUUAACUGUACUGUUUGUGAAGAUUUGUGUUUGUGUGUGCCUCUUCCUGUAAUCGAAUUAACUGCUAUAUAACCUGACCAUCUCUGCGCUAACCCAAGAGAUUCGCGUGUCUAAACCGAAGAGAACUCUUUUUUUGUUAUAUCGUGUUCCAUGAAGCGUCUUCAAGUCUAGAUCUGAUACAUUUUCACAAAAUGUCGGUGGUGUGCAACAGGGUACGCUAUCACGGUAUCGAAGUUUCCUAAGUGAAGGGAGAAAUGAAAAGUGACAUCAAAUUGGAAACCAGUUUUCGAAAGUUCAGUUAAAUUACAUACUAAUAUUCGGAACGAGCUGGAAUUAGAAGAAUAACAUAUAUAUGUAUUGGAACGUUCGGUGUUGAUUUUCUGCAUGCAUUACCGGUAGCACAUAUAUAGUUUUGUAAUAAAUUGGCACGCAGAUAGUGAAGUUCCGUAGUUACUGUGCCGGCUACACUAUCAGCACAGUUCUCAGUUUUAUAUCCCGAAACAAGUGACUCUGGACACCUGCCCAGCCGUAUUCAGGAACUGUGUAAUAACAACAUGCCUAUUAAUUGAAGUGUUCCUCACCUACUGAGAAGAGUUUUAAACCGUUGUUAGUGACUAAAAUACUUGCAUCUCGUGUACAGUAACUACAGUUUCAAACGCGUGUGCUACAUUCAGAGAAUGAUGUUGACUGGUUAACAUAGAACCAACUAACCUGAAAGCGGUGCGUGGUAUGACGUCAUGAAACGGGGCCCAUUCUCAUCAAUCGACGCGCUGCAAUGGAUAUUGUUGUCUCUGUUAGUGUCAUCCAUCAUCAUCAUUAUCCCAUGUCAGACCACCGUCCCCGCGGCAUCACUUUCGCAUUCACUCCGUCACCACCAGCAUGGUGCUGGCGCCAGUGGAGGGCUCUCGAGACCAACACCCCGAGAUGACCUUGACUUGCCUUCAGAGUCGCCUUUGACUUCUGGUGAUUUAUACCGCUUGUCUACAGCUGACAGUCCAACAACUGUGAUCCCACCUCCAGAACCUCCGACGCCCCCGCGGAUCAUAGAGUUGCCUGUGAGACAGCACAGAGAGGUGCACCUGAACUGUGAACUCGACGUAGUGAGCAACACGAGCACCAAGCAGCGUGCCGGCAGCCUCAUGUGGUUCCAUGACGGCCGACCCGUAGACGCUUUCGUUUUAGACAAGAACACUCGAUCGGGGAGUGGAUUAGGACACCGCUACAUGAGAGACUUGUUGACAGGGCAGCUGCGAAUUGCUAAUGCAAGGUUGGAGGACGAAGGUGUGUGGCACUGCGAGGAUCGCGACCCUAUCACGGGAAUUGUCAUUUCAACUGGAAAACCGACCCGCCUUAUCGUUCUAGAACCGCCAAGGUCCUUGUAUCUCGCAGUGGACGGGCGACGCCUGGACCCAGGGAACCUCUUCCUGCCUGUUAAGGAAGGCGCUGAGCUAGCGGUUAGCUGCUUUGUUGAGGGCGGUCAUCCCCCCGCGAGUCUGGCCUGGUUACUCACGCCGCACCAUACCCCUGGCCUCAACACGAGCGGCGGUAACCACCCACACAGCAGCGAGGCACAUCUGGGCACCGUUCUGAGGGCGCACCACAACUCCACAGUCACAUGUCUCGCUCGACACCAGGCACUCAGCCAUCCCCUCAACCAGUCGCUGCAGCUUCACGUUCAGUAUAGUCCUUCAUUCGCCAUCAGUCGUGUUCCUGGUUUUGGAUUCCCUCUAAGAGAAGGUAUUCCCGUCUCUCUGAAGUGUGAUGUGGACUCGAACCCUCCUGCGAGUCCUGUUUGGGUCAAAGAUGAUGGUGCUCCGCCCGUUGCGCAGUCUGGAGACGGUUUUUUGAACUUCAGUGCCAUUCGUCGGGAACACAGCGGUUGGUACAAAUGCACGAGCCGCCAUCUUUUAGGAGAAUACAGCUCCAUUGGAUACUUCCUCAACGUCAGAU